UCGAGAGCUAACGUCGGUGCAUGGAAGGGGGGGGAAACACAGGCUUUGCUGAAUAGUUGGGGCCGCAGCUCUGAACGGUGGCUGGCUACAAGUUCUCCUUACUCCCUUCCCCUCGCAAUGAACUCUCUGGAGCAGGCGGAAGAUCUUAAGGCUUUUGAAAGGCGUCUUACUGAAUAUAUAGCUUGUUUACAACCAGCAACUGGGCGCUGGAGAAUAAUUCUUAUAGUGGUAUCAGUCUGUACAGCAACCGGUGCAUGGAACUGGCUAAUAGAUCCCGAAACACAGAAGGUAUCUUUUUUCACAUCUCUAUGGAACCAUCCAUUCUUCACAAUUAGCUGUAUUACCCUGAUAGGCUUAUUCUUUGCUGGAAUACAUAAAAGAGUAGUGGCACCUUCAAUCAUAGCAGCUCGAUGUCGAACGGUCUUGGCAGAAUACAACAUGUCUUGUGAUGAUACUGGAAAGCUGAUAUUGAAACCUCGGCUUCACGUCCAGUAACCCACUACCUUCCUUCAAUCUACUGUCAAGGAAAAAUUAGAAAGAAAAAAAAAGACUUUUCUUCAAUACAUUGAGGCCAAAUAGGAUUAUGUGGUAUGUUCAGUUGCAUAUGAAGGUGUCUUCAUGGUUGACGGCAGAAACCAGAAACAUCUGGUGUAUUUAUUUGGAAUCUCCUUGCCUUUUCCCGUGUCUUCUGUGCUUUCAGUUUCUUCCCUUACAGUAUUAAUAUUCCCUCUGCACCAUUGGCAAGGUGGUCCCUCUAUGCAGAAAAUAAGACUUGCUAGUUUUUUUUAUAAUGUACAAAUCAUUGUAAAUAGAAAAUGGAACCAGUAUUUGAAGAGGCACUUAGAUUUGCCACCCAUACUGCUUUUCUCCACCACAUUUAUUCAUUAAUCAUGGAUCAUGAUAGACUUUUCUUCUUUGGGCAUUUUAAUUUAAUUUUUGUCACAUAAGAUACAGUGGACACAUGUGCAGGUCAAUCACGAGCAAGCAUACUGGUGCACGCUGCCUGAUCACUCCUUCUUGGUACCUCCUGCCAAUGGGAAUGACUUCAAUAACUGGGAACUCACCAGGAGGAAAAAGAACCUGAGUGUUAUGUUCCAACUGGGACUUCUGUUUUGUCACGCCCCUCCCCUAAGGGUUGAAGUUGGUUUAUGAUUCCUGGCUUCCUUUGGAGCAACAAUGUAAUGCUAUUUUUCUUUUCUUGCUGGUGUGGUUCUGGUUACUGACCUAUGUUGGUGGAAUAAGCCAAACUGGAGCGAUUGAGUAGAAUACACAAGUCUGCUUGUUUGUGAAUGAUAGUGAGGAUUUUCUAGAAUUCUGACUUAUCAUUUUAUGUGAAAUCAUCCAGCACUUCAGCUCCUUACAUUACCGGUAGCUUGUCCAUUUUCAGCUCCCUACAUUAUCUGUAGCUUGACUAUUUUUUGGCUAAUUCUAUGUUAAGUUUUGCUUUUUAGUAUAUACAAGAAUAAUAUAUUGUGUCUGAAAUUUACACUGAUAGUUCCCCCCCCCCAUGAAACUAGUAUUGCUUAACCUCAAAUUACUUGAUAAAAGAAAGUGCCACAAAUGUAACAAAAGAUGGAGUAAAACUCUCCUUUGGGUCCCAAUUUGGCCUAUUGCAAACAUAUCGCUGCCUGAUUAUAUGUUUAGGAAUUGUUAGUUUCCUGCAGGCCUUUGUCAGACACAGUUAUGGCUAGUACUUCAUUUGCAUCAGCAUUUUUGCUAGCCACACUUAAUGCCAAACUGUUUACAAACCCUCAUCUCGCUAUGGUUGCAAACUAUGGUAGGCAAAAAUGCCAGUCAUAAUGUUUUCUGUGUUACCAAAACAGUACAGGAGGGGCUGCAGCCCUGAGAAAAAGUGUGUAAGGUUGCAGCACGCUUCGAACUGCAGGCUAUUCUUUAAAUCAGAGGUAUGCUGAAGCUAGAUCUCAACACGUUUGGGACUUCAACUCCCAGAAGCCCCUGCUAGCAUGGUCAAUGAUCAGGAAUGGUUGAAGUCCAGAACGUAUAGAGAUCUGCCUUUUGCCCACCCCACUUCAAAUGAUCAGGCAGUAUUAAGUUUGGAUGAGGCCUGUGACCCUCCCCACCCACUGAACUUGGUAAUUCGACUACAUUUUUCACAAGCUCAAUAAAUCAGGAUUGCCAAAUGUAUGGUGGCCAUUGGGUCAUGUUCUAGAUCUAUAUAUAGCCAUGCUCCAUAUAAAAUGGAUUACUCAAUAUGUGGGGUGUCGGAAAGAAAUUACUUUGUGCAGAGGCAAAAAUGACAGUCUUGUUUUUACAUAAACAUCCUUGUUACUUUAAGUGUUGAAAACAAAACAAAAAAUAGUGGCUUUUACACACACUAUGGUUUUGAAUUGACAGCUAUUUAAUUUUAAAUCCUUUUUGUGCCUUUUUAAAAAAAACCUGUUUGAAGCUAUUUUAAAGAGUACAAGACUUUAAGGGUGCAAUCCUAUGCAUGUUUAGACAGAAAAAAAAUGGCCUACAACUCCCAGCAUGCCCAAGCCACCUCAGUUGUAGGAAUUUUUUCUGUCUAAAAAUGCAUAGAUUGCACUUGAAGAGUACAAAGCAAUUGGCGAAGCAAGAAUUGAGAUGUAGAAUGUCUCUUGAAUGUACUGGAAAUCAAAACUUCACUUGCUUCAUUCGAUGGCAGCAAUAAAAUCCUGUGCUCUUCAAGUCUUCUACGCAUGUCUUGUUUCCACCUCUGUUUUUAAGCUGGUGUACAGUUUGUAGAAAAUGUGUAUUAAAUAAAUACUUUAUUUAUAAUGGUAUGUUUGGCAUUAUUUUAAAACUAUAUACAUGAUGGAUGUAAACUUGAGCAGUCCUAAAGCAUCUUAACUUAUCAACUUUAUAAAGUUCCUUUAAAAAAAAAGUCCAAUUACAAUAUAUAAGCCUGAUCGGUUUCUGCAAUUUAGCACAUGUACAAAUGCAUGAAGUCUUGUGUAGCAUUUGGAUUUCUGUAAAAUUUCAGACAAGCUCCAGAAUACCCACUUGAGUCCAUAGCCGCAAAUAAUCAGAGUUCUGAAGUACCUUAGGAGACUUUAAUUAGAUAGAACUUAAACCAUUAAGUCCUAUAGAUUUGCUCAAUGAGUAUAGAUAAAUGACCUAAAUCUGUUAUUCUAUGAUGCUUUAAUAAUGAAACAGCUUAAAGAGAAUUUGAUGCUCCAUACUGUAUAUCAUGAAAACGUUUUUAAAAAUUAAGCAGCCCAUAUGAGGAUGCAGUCAGGACUGUGUAUGUUGUGUAAAUGCACAUGUAUUAAUUUUCCAGAUUAAGAUACACCCUGUUGCUACUUAGUUUUAAUUGUAAAUGUUGCUGGUUUACAUAUUUGGUCCAAGUUGUCAUGAACUUGAUUCUGAAGCUCUUUGCUUUCCUGGGUUGUAGAAACUUUCAAACGUAGAAAUCUGAACUCCAGUUGCGCUCUGAAAGCCUCUUAUAUGCUUUUCAUCAUUUGAGACUGUCAGUAAAAAUAUAAGGGAUCCUUAUUUAUGCAGCAACUCUUGAAAGCUUGUUGGAGAAAAUAUGUAAGUAUAUGAUGUAUUAGUACAAAAUUACUGGCUUUACAAAGUAUUUAUUCCUGUUGUUGAACUUAAUGCCUUUUCUGAUAAUCUGCAAAAGCAGAAUUGGGCCCACGAUCACCCAGGGCUAGCCUGGGCAUGCCUAGCUCUACACAGUUUGUAAGAGAAACACCCCCUUCCGGUAAUUUGGGCAACCACGUUCUUCCGUAGCUUUCAGUGCAGUCUUACAUUUUGAACUGAGACGACUAAUGGAGUACUUUCCAUAAUGGAAAACUACGAGGCAAAAUACUCGAUCGGGACAAGACGCUGGAUGACGUGGAAAAUACAAUUUAUCAGCUCUUCUACAUAAUGGAGCGAUUUCCAGACUAUUCCAUCAAGACGCUCACCUACACAAUCUGGUAUAAAACACUUUUUGUUCUGUAAUUCUUUAUUGUGGGGGAUAGUUCGUAUUUAAUAUUAAAGUGUUCAAUGUAUCACAAAAAUAGUAGUUAAGGCUGCAAUCCUAGGUACAUUUCCCAGAAGGUCUAUGGACCACAGUGGGACUUACUUCUGAGUAAAUGUGCAUAGGACCGCACUGAAAGAUAUGGUCGAAGAGGGCAUGUGGUUGCAUGGGUUCAUAACAUUUCGUGGUUUGGAAAAGAAAUAAGCUAUAAUUGCAAUGUAGAAACUUCAGAAUAAUAUUCUGAUGUACAUCCUAUUUACAGCAACAGUUUCUGAUCCGCCAAUUGAUCCAUACAUGGAAGCCUGUUUACAUGGCAUAUUUCCUUAGCUGAAAUUAGGCAACAGAUACUAUCACUUUGUUGUGGUAGAUCCAUAUGUUUUCCCUCAAGGUAGCAUGUCUAUCUAUGGCAAGGAUACAGAACUGUUUUUAUAAGGAUAAUGUGUUUUUAUGCUUUUUAUGUUUUUAAACUUUGUAUAUUUGUUUUAAUAUUUACUGUUUUUAACUUUUGUAAACCGCCCAGAGAGCUUCAGCUAUGGGGCGGUAUAUAAAUGCAAUAAAUAAAUAAAUAAAUAAUAUUUAGGUGGUUGAAAA